AUGUACACGACAGAAUUGUACGGUGGAGCAAUCACAAUCAACAAACUCCCGUCCUCAUUCAUUGAUGUAUCACGAAUCAGACAAGUUCCCGAUUCACAAGAAGUCUUCAUCAAUGAAGUAGACACUUCCAAUGAUGAUGCUACAUUAUCUUCAUUACUUAGCUAUGAUCAAGCGUUGAUUAUCGAUUUGCUAGAGCGUGUCGAUGCCGAUGAUUAUCAUGCUGCCAUUGCGCAACAUUUGCAAGAUUUUGCUCCACCGGGUGUGCACAAUAACCCAUUGCAGGAAUUACAAGUUGAAGGUGGCAAAGAAGUGCUAUAUUUCAGUUAUGUGACUUUCAAACCAGAGUACAAGCGCAAGGAGCCUAAUCAGGCUGAGCAGAUUAUCAUAUUGAUUUGUUUAUUAAGGUUGGAGCAAGUUGCCACUGAUGUUGUGAUACAGUAUAAUUUGCCAUUAAAGCAUGACCAUCAAAAGCCGAUUAGUUUUGCUGGUGGAAAUGAUGACGUGGAUAAAUUCGCAAGUGAGAGAUUCCAAUGGUUUAAGAACUUGUGUAGUAGUUUGAAAGUUGUUGAUUGGAGUCUAUUUCAAUAG